AUGGAGCCCAGUCACAUUUUCCCGGCUCUGUCCCCCAACCAGAGCGCGGAGGAGGACGGGGGGGACUGGAGCACGGCGCCCCAGGCGUGCCCCCUCAGACCACUGCCCGUCAUCUACUACAGCACCCUGCUCUGCCUCGGCCUGCCAGCUAAUCUCCUGACGGUGCUGGUGCUGUCCCAGCUGAUGUCGCGGCGUCAGAAGUCCUCCUACAUCUACCUGCUGGCGCUGGCGGCGGCCGACAUGCUGGUGCUGCUGCUGGUGGUGUUUGUGGACUUCCUGCUGGAGGACUUCCUGCUGCGGGCGCCGUUGCCGUGGGCGCUGCGCGACGUGGUGCAGGUGCUGGAGUUCUGGGCGCUGCACACCUCCGUGUGGGUGGCCGUGCCGCUCACCGUGGACCGCUACGUGGCCGUGUGCCACCCGCUGCGCUACCCGUCCAUCUCCUACCCCGCGCGCACACGCCGCGUCAUCGCCGCCGUCUACCUGGGCUGCCUGCUCGCCGCCACGCCCUACCUGUGGUGGCCCGACCUGUGGCACGGCCUGUCCGCCGUGGGGCGAGGCAGAGGCGGGGGGACGGCGGGGGCCGGGAACGCGAGCGCGUCGGUGCCGGACGGCGCGCGGGCCCAGUGGACGGUCGGUCAGCACGCGCUGGUGUGGACCCACUGCCUGACGGUGUACGCCGCGCCGUGCUCCGUCUUCUUCGCGCUCAACGCCGCCAUCGUGCGGCGCCUGCGCGGACGCGCUCACACCCACGGGCACGGCCACGGGCGCCUGCGUCUGAGGGGCCUGGCCACCGGCCGCACCACCGCCAUCCUGCUGGCCGUCACCUCCAUGUUCGCCACCCUGUGGGCGCCGCGCACCGCCCUGCUGCUGUACCGGCUGCACGCGCCCGCGCCCCAGAGCCCGCGCGCCGCCCGCCUGCUCCACCUGCUGGCCGACGUGGCCAACAUGCUGGCGCUGCUCAACACGGGCGUCAACUUCUUCCUGUACUGCUUCAUCAGCAAGCGCUUCCGCGCCGUGGCCGCCAGCGCUCUGAGGGCCCUGCCCCGGUGCCGCCCGCCGCCGCCGCCCUUCUACGCCGGACACGCCAUCUCGGCCUCCAGCAGCCCCUGGAUCUCCCCCGCCAACUCUCAGCGGGUGCGCAUGUUCGUCUACCAGUACGACAAACACGGGCGCCCCGUGUGCAUCUCCUCUUGA